AUGAAACCGACCAGAAAAUCAAGAAGACGCAGAAACGAGCACCCAGAGAUGAGAGGCGACAGCUCUUCCGCGUUCCUCAUUUCCAGCGCCUUCCUUGGAGAGCGUCCCCGGAUGUCUCAUUACGAGAAAGAGCAAGAGCAGCUUUUGGCACUCUGGGAAGAAGAAGAAUAUGACGAUGGAGAUUUUGUUGAUUCGAGUGAUGAUGAAGAGGUUGAUCACCUUAGUGUCCAAAGUUACCAUUCCGAUAGUGAAUGUGAAGAAACUGUCACAGAAGACACUGAUGACCAGAGCAUUCCAAGUUCGUUUUAUUUGUGUAAGGACUCGACAAAAUGGAAAAAUCAUCAUGCUAAUGACAAGGACAAGUACGAAAAAGCAGGAGACGACUGGUUAUCAUCAUUUUUGUCUCGCCACAAUCAAAUUUCUCUGAGGACUCCAGAAGCAACAUCGGUUGCAAGGGCUAAAGGAUUCAACAGACGUGAAGUUGGACGUUUUUAUGAAAACCUUGAAGAUUUGACUGCAAAACAUGACAUUAAUGCAUCUAGAUUGUACAAUAUGGAUGAGACAGGUAUAUCGACAACCAUCAAUAAGCCACCUAAAGUGCUAUCAACGAAAGGAAAGAAACAGGUUGGCAUAAUUGCCAGUGCAGAACGUGGUCAAUUAACGACGGUCAUCGAUUGCUGUAAUGCCGCUGGUUCGUUUCUCCCACCAUUCUUAAUUUUUUCCAGGAAGAAGAUGCAACCCAGACUACUUGAUGGUGCGCCACCCGGCACUCAAGGAACCUUUACUCCAAAUGGUUGGACUUCAGGAGAUGUAUUUCUUGAUUGGAUGCGUUUUUUCGUGGAACAUGUUCGGCCUACACCUGAGAAAAAGAUACUUCUACUAUUGGACUACCAUGAGAGCCAUAAGUAUUACCCAGCUUUGGAUUACGCUAGCAAAAACAACAUCGUAAUCUUAUCCUUGGCUCCACAUACAACGCAUAAGAUGCAGCCCAUGGAUGUAGCCGUUUACGGCCCAUUGAAAACAUAUUUUGAAAGGGAGGUAAAUGCUUUCCAAAAAUCUCACCCUGGACGCAUUAUAAAUCAAUAUGAUGUGGCCAGACUGCUAUCACCGGCUUUCCUGAAAUGUGCAGUAGCUAUAAAUGCCGUUCAUGGUUUUGAAAGACCUGGUAUUUGGCCAGUGAAUAAAUAUGCUUUUGGUGACGAAGAUUACGAACCAGCCGCUGUAAUUGCAGGAACAUCUGACAUGAAUAUUGGUACAGAAAGCACAAACUCACCAGAAAGGAUUGAUAUUCCAGGAUCUUUUGCAGAAACUUCUUCAACCCCUUUGCCUUCAUUUUUGCAAAAAUGUAUUCCACCAAACCCAGUGGAUCCUCUGGUAGAAAUAAUUCCAUCUCUAAACAGAGCUACCCCUUUUGAGUUUGAAGCCCUUGUUGGGUCAAUUACAGACUCUUUUAAAACACCUGAAAAGAUUAGUAGCGAGGUUGGAUGUACACUUCAGCCAGAACCUAUAUGUUCCCAAAUUGUCUCCGCUGUUGAGCCGCAUGUAGCAACAAAUGCUCAGACAAUUGACACAGAGAUCGAAGAAAAUACUUAA